CAUAGUGUGGAAGAUGACACGUAUUUUCAUCGUGGUUCUCCUCGUGGCUGCUGUCAUCGCGACUGCCGUGAGUUUCCCGCAGGAGGAGAAGAGGGGACUCCGCGUGGGCCAUUCGCGGGUUCGCGGGCGGCUGAGCCCGUGGAUUCGAUACAACUUAUAUCGAAAGAUGGCUGGCGCCCGCGCCCGUAAGGUUAGCAAGAGAAUGCCGGGAGAAGUCGAGGCCAUCCCGAAUGAGGUGAAAUCUUUCGGGAGCUACAAGGGAAAGCCGAAUGCCACCGACAUCGCCGAAGAUUUCGGAAUGAACAAGUUCCUGCGAAAACUACUCCCCUUCAUGAACUUCGCUACGGAGCAGGCCACGUUUUCCAACUACGACCAGCCUGAUAACGUUAAAUAGUAGGACUGUCUGUCGGAUGUCAACGUUGUAGCAAGGACGUUCUAUCAUAGAACGUCCUUAGUUGUAGACACCGCAUAAUUGUCACGUGCUGUAACGCAAUUAGUAG